ACUCCCCCAUCUGGCAUAGACAAGACGCGGCGCGCCGAGAAACUGACGUGUUUUGCGCAUUUCCUGCAGCAGCGUUUAGACGGUCGGGGGGGAGAAGAGGUAGGUCUGCAGGAAACCAAGAACAGCAACGGCGAGAGAACAUCCUGGGAGGAUAAGGAGCGAACAGAAACCAAGAAAACCACAACCUAGAGUCGACCUGCAACUAUACAUUGCUUGAGCUAUUCACAACUCGAGUAGCCUGUUUGGGAAACAUCCCAAAUGCACUGCAAGGAGGCAGGAGUCGCCCUAUCUUCCAACAGUGGAAUACGAGUGUUUCCAGAGCCUAGUGGAGUUGCCGAGGAUAGAUAUCUUUGAUAGAUUUUGCUCUGUCGGGUUGCGGUUUGGGUAGGCUGUUGAUAUCCCAACUGCUGCAUGGUCAUAUUUUUCCUGCGUAUACGCUUCUCAAUACGUGUAUUAAUUAUAUUCAAAAGAAAGGCUUUGUCUGGUUAAAACCCAAAUGUGGAUUAUCAUUGUGAAAACCGAAACUGUUAGAGAGCAAAAACAAGAACAUUUACUGUCUCUGGACUGUUUCAAAACGACUGAUAAGCAUCCGAUUGGUACGUGUGUGAUAGAGUGACACGGGACGGCAUUUUCCCGUUAUAUUCAAGUCACAACCUCUUGGAAAAACCAUUCAAUCCGUGGUCUUAAUUUGAGGAUUCAAACGCUACAUAAAACUAGGCUAAAUUAUUUAUGACCCGUUGAAGUGGCUGGGUUAAAGGAAUAUAUUGUAAACAACCAUUCUUGUUCCAAAGCCCAUUGAAGAGGAUUACAUCACCGCAAUGGUGGUUUUCAAUGGGUUAUUGAAGAUCAAGAUUUGUGAGGCGUUGGACUUGAAACCGACGGCUUGGUCUCUCAGGCAUGCGGUUGGCCCAAAAACCCAGACUUUUCUCCUAGACACCUACAUCGCACUAAACGUGGAUGACUCGCGUGUGGGCCAAACCUCCACCAAACAGAAAACCAACAGCCCUGCGUGGAACGACGAGUUCGUUACGGAGGUGCAUGACGGAAGGAAAAUCGAACUGUCGGUGUUUCACGACGCGCCAAUUGGAUAUGACGAUUUCGUGGCUAACUGCAUCAUACAGUUUGAAGAUAUAUUGCAGAAUGGCAGUAAGCACUACGAGGAAUGGAUUGACUUGGAGCCUGAGGGGAYGGUGUACGUCAUCAUGGACCUAUCUGGAUCAUCUAGUGAAGCUCCAGGCUCCAGUGAGAAUGCAGAGGAGCGUGUGUUUCGGGAGCGCAUGCGGCCAAGGAAGAGGCAGGGUGCCGUACGAAGGAGGGUCCAUCAGGUCAACGGACACAAGUUCAUGGCCACAUACCUACGACAGCCUACCUACUGCUCCCACUGCAGAGAUUUUAUAUGGGGUGUGAUCGGGAAACAGGGCUACCAGUGUCAAGUGUGCACGUGUGUAGUCCAUAAGCGCUGCCACGAGCUCAUCAUCACAAAGUGUGCUGGGAUGAAGAAAGACAAAGAGGACACUACACCAGAGGAGGUUGGAUCCCAGCGGUUCAGCGUUAAUAUGCCUCAUAAGUUUGGUAUUCACAACUUCAAAGUCCUAACCUUCUGUGACCACUGUGGAUCACUACUGUGGGGACUGCUCAGACAAGGGCUGCAAUGCAAAGUCUGCAAGGUGAAUGUACACAGACGCUGUGAAAGUAACGUGGCCCCUAACUGUGGGGUGGACGCGAGGGGAAUUGCCAAGGUUCUGUCUGACCUGGGGGUCACACCAGACAAGAUCUCCAGCAGUGCCCAGAGGAGGAAAAAGAUAACCCAAGACCCAGCAGCCCGUUACCUAUGUACCCCCACGACAGAGGAGGACCGAUCCAAAUCGGCCCCCCACCUCCCAUGUGACCAAGACCUGAAAGAGUUGGAGAACAUCCGCAAGGCGCUGUCGUUUGAGCAACGUGGACAGGAACACAAGUCAGCCUGUCCUCUCUCUCCAGCAGGGUGGGGGUGGCUCAGAGGGGGCGAGGCCCGGGAGAACGGAGAACUCAAGAUCAUCCAGACCAAGAGGAUGACCUGCAGGACUUCCUCUUCAUCAAGGUCCUGGGUGAUGCUGGCUGAGCUGAAAGGAACAGAUGAGGUCUAUGCUGUGAAGUGCUGA